AUGGCUGAUUCAUUGGGUCCAUUGGCGUCCUUCAAGCUUCUUCUGGGAGUCUCAUAUGCUGUCGAGGAAGUUUUCGAAGGAGUUUAUAUACUUAAUGAAGGAGGAGAUGAUGUGAUCGACUCACAAUCGAAAACUGAGCUGUUCUUAUACUCGGCGUAG